UGAGCGAAUGGAUGAUGAGAACGGCACUCACGCACAUUGAAUUUGUGGGCAGAAAAUGUGCAGACAAGACGACAACCAACCUCACGGUGACAUCCUCCAGCACGGUGUCAAAGUCAUCAUUCAAUGCAUGCAUACGUCACACACGUCAGUGCAUGCGCCAUGAGUGACGCGGGAAGCAAAGUGGUCUGCCCGCUUCUCCCAUCUCACACUAGCUAUGCUAUCUACAGACCGGCCGGCGAGUCAGUCAGCGAGGGAGUGAGUGAUUCAUAGCGUCGGCUGGUCACUUGGUGCCUUUGUUCUUCUCCAGUUCCUUGAUGAUGAGGUCCCACUGCACCAGCAGAGUCGAGAUGGCAUUCAUCUGAGGAAUGGAUGGAUUCAUCAAUCACCACACGCAAGACACCCAUCCAUCAAUCACGCAUUCAGGACCAUUCGUGUCGGAGGUGUGUGCGGAGGAGCUCACCGUCAUGGCGUAGUUGUCGACCAGCUGCUCCACCUCCUGGUUGAGCCGCACCGUCGCGUCAGCCAACAGGUGGCCUCGCGACUCGAUCUUCUCCAACUGCUUGGCGUACGUGGGCAUCUCUGCAUCAACACACACACACACACACACACACACAGAUACACAUACACAUACACAUUGCAUGGUGUCGUGUGUGUCAUGCCGACCCACUCCAUCUCACCCUUCAUGAUAGGUGGGUUGAUGAACUGCUCCAUCUCCUCCACUUCCUUGAGCUGCUGGGCUGUCUGGCGUAGGAAGUCGGCCUGCUCCAACACAUACGCCCGCUUGGCCGCCGUGUUCAUGACAACGUCAGACAGAUCCGCAUGCUCCGCCUUCAGCCACGACUGAAUGCUCUUGUCUGAACAGACAGACAGACAGACAGACAGCCAGACAGACAUGGAUGAACCAACCGCCAAAGAGGAUGCAGCGUCAUCUCUCUCGCGUCGUGUAGGCCUACAUCGCUCUUCAAAUUCGCGGAUGGGACCCUCGAAAAUGCGGUUGCACUUGCCGGUGAGCUCCGCUAUCUGCUUCUUGACCGACACGGGCUUGCCGCCCCCUUUCUGGCCCUCCAUGUCUGCCAUCCCCAGCAGCGCCUCGCACAUGUCCACCCGCUUCUCCAAACGCUCCAGAUGAGCCCUCACGUCCACAUUCAUCCUGGCGAACGUCCACAAAAAAUGAAGGCAGCUUGCUCGCGAAGUCCUGGGUGACACACAACCCGCCUCAGGGCGCCUCAAGAACGAGGAAAGAAGACCUCUCGUAUCCUCCCCUC